UGCACUGAACAUAUCCAGAAGAACUUAAUUAGCCUUAUAAAGACAAACGCGUGUCAGUGUCUCUACAAUUAAGCGAGGAAAAAAAAUGAAAACUCUCACACUAUUUUCCUUUUUUGUACUCGAUAAAAUUAUUUAAGGUAACUGCUAUGAUAGUUUUCGCAUCAUAGAUGUAUGAUAAACAAUAAUCAAGCGUGACAAUAUGGAAAAUCCUGAAACGCAAUCAGCACAUUUACAAUCGUAUAUCCGCAUUACAGAGGCUGUUCAUAAGGUAAGUAGUAGGCAAAAUUCAACCGUUGAACUAUGUGAAUAUGUUUUCUACAUUCUAGUGGGUCGUCGGAAACAAUAAUCAAUAUAGCGACAGACAGUGAGAAUCUCAUUUGUAUAAUUUAUUCAUUUAUUCAUGUGUAUCAUUUAGAAUUGAAGAUUAUGGACAAAUACAUUUCACACAGAAUGAUCGCAAAUCAUGGGUAAAUCUUAACCUUUAUUUCUAAGAAUAUUGAUCGAAUUGAUAUUAGUAUAUACGUUACCCAUUCGAUCCUCCUCAAGCUGGUGAAUCAGCGUCACAAAAUGAAACUCAUGAACAGAAAACAAAUCAUACUACCGUAGAAGAACGGAAUCGCCAAUGGAAUUUUUCUGUGAUCCAACAACUGCCUACUAUUCAUACUAUUGUUCCUAUGCCAUCUGUAAUACACGAACCUGCUAAACAUCUCAUUGAAUUGUUACGCGAUAAAUGGGAAUUGCCUCCACCUGAAUUAAUAAUUUCAGUCACAGGUGGUGCAAAAGUCUUUAAUUUACCACAAAGAAGUCGCAUUGCUCUUCAAAAGGGUCUUGUCUCAGCUGCUGUCACGACUGGUAAGAGUCGAGAUUGGUAUUAUGUUUAUGCCUAUCUUUGA